AUGAACGCAGAGAUGGCUUCCUGGAAGUCCACAGGCACCUACGUCGACGAGGUUACCCCACCUGGGGCGAACAUCGUUAGUGGCAUGUGGAUUUUCAGGGUGAAGCGGCCGCCGGGUUCUCCGCCUGUCUUCAAGGCGCGUUACGUGGCUCGAGGCUUCAGUCCACGGCAGGGAGUUGACUGCUUUCAGACCUUCUCUCCCACCCCGAAGAUGACCACUCUUUGGGUGCUGCUGCACAUAGCCGCUCAGCGCGACUACGAGCUUCACUCUCUUGACUUUAGCACAGCUUUCUUGCAGGGCAGCCUGCACGAGGAGAUCUGGCUGCGCCGCCCACCUGGCUUCACUGGGUUGUUUCCUCCUGGUACCCAGUGGAGCCUCCGGCGGCCAGUCUACGGUCUCCGCCAGGCACGGCGUGAGUGGCACGACACACUGAGGACUACACUUGCGGCUCUUGGGUUUGCUCCUUCUACUGCCGACCCGUCGUUGUUUCUGCGCACCGACACCUCUUUGCCGCCGUUCUACAUCCUCGUGUAUGUCGACGACUUGGUCUUUGCCACUGCUGACACUGCUGGACUCGCCCACGUGAAGUCCGAGCUGCAAAAGAGACACACGUGCACAGACCUGGGUGAACUGCGCAGCUACCUUGGCUUGCAGAUCACCCAGGACAGAGCACAGCGCACCAUUACCCUGACUCAGUCACACAUGGUGCAGCAGGUCCUUCAGCGCUUCGACUUCACCUGUGAGGCCGAGAUCUACGCAGGGGCCAUGGCUGCACAGGAGUUACGCUGGCUCACCUACCUGCUGACCAACCUGGGAGAGCCGCCUUGUUCUCCUCCAGUUCUGUACGUAGACAACAAGGCCAUGCUGGCCUUGUGUCGGGAGCACAGGUUGGAGCACAGAAUGAAGCACAUUGCUCUUCGCUACUUUCUUGCUCGUGAGCUGCAGCAGCGUGGUCAGCUGCGCCUUGCUUACGUGGCCUCUCGGGCCAACACUGCUGAUAUCUUUACCAAGGCACUUCAACCUUGUGAUCAUCAGCGCUUCUGUACGAUGCUAGGUCUUGUGCCUACUUGGCCUCACUUGCUCACUUCUUGA